AUCAAAAGCAUCUUUCUUUUCCUCCAAGAUGUGUCCGGUCUCAAUCCCACCCAUUAAUGCAAUACGCAGUCCAAAACCAAACCGCGCUUCCCCUUUAUCAAGAACUGUUCUGCAAUAUAACGGGUUCUAAAGUUUGAUAGCGAGUGUAGAGAGAGAAAGAGUCUCCUGGAGAGAGGGGGGUGGGAGAGAGAGAGAGAGAGAGAGAGGUCAUCCUCUCACUGCUCCCACGUGAAGACGCACCAUACACUUUGUAUGCACCAUUUCCACUCCCUCUCAAGCCAUUUUGUGAGAGAGAGAGAGAGAGAGAGGAAAGUUCCUUGAUUCCCAAUAAAUGCUAGCUAGCACCAUCACCAUCUUGCUCAAAGCUCUUCUCAUUUCUUCAUCAUGAGGGCUCCCUUUAUGCUGUGCUCUUAGAUUACCUCUUCCUCUUUAUUAUAUCCACAAGCUCAAACAACGAGAGUACCCAAAAGCCUUGGAGCUCUCUCAACAAGCGCGCUAUUUCAUGUAGCUAAGGGUGCUGAUAAACCCACAUUCCCUUAUCCAGAUACAUGUUCUUCCACAAAAAUAUCAAAUCAAUCAUACUCCUCUAUCUAUAUCUAUGCUCCAAACCCUAAUCCCCCGGCCCCUUGAAGAGCUUCAGGUCCUCCCAUAACCCUGAACCUCUCAUCGCCUUGCUAUGGAGUCGAGGCCUUUUUCUGCCCUUCUAGAUUUCCCCUUCUCCCCCUUCGCACUCAACCAAGGGAACACUCUCCAUGACCUUGUCUUCCCACAGCUUGGUGAUGAAAGUAAUCAGUACUCCCUGUCAAAACCCCCGACGGCUCCGCCACCCCCCAGCAAUAAGGUCAAAAGCAUGAGCACUGCAAAUUCCCGCAAGCGAGCCACGAGAAAAGAUCGACACAGCAAGAUAGUUACGGCGCAAGGGCCAAGAGACCGAAGAAUGAGGCUCAAUCUGGAGGUUGCUCCACAGUUCUUCCAUGUCCAAGACAUGCUUGGCUAUGACAAGGCUAGCAAGACGGUGCAAUGGCUCAUGGAAGAAGCUAAGGAUUCUAUCGACAAGUUGAAGGCAGCCACUAGGCCAAAAGGCCGCAGUUCGAGCGGCGGAGCCAGCUCUAAGAGCACCGAAGCAUCUACUUUGGAGUUGGAAUUUGAGGACACCUCCACCAUCUCUGAUUACAGCGGCAAGCAUUUGGCCAGCGAGCACAAGAAGGCUAGACCGAAAGCCAAGAGAGAAUCUUCAAGAAGAGCUCCGUGCCAACCUGAACUUGCCAGAGAAUUGAGAGACAUGGCAAGAGCAAGAGCUAGGGAGAGGACCCGAACGAAGAAACUAGGAGUUCGAGACAACAAAUGGAACGACUUGUUAUCUAUUAAUGAGCAGGAAUCAGGCCACGAUCUUAAAUCUUCGCUGCAUUUUGUAGCCGGGGUUGUGGAACAAUGUUCAACUUCAAAACAUCAUGCCGCUCAAUUCAACAACAAUGCCGGAAGAGAAAACGAGCUUUCGGUUAGUAUUGUGGAUUACAACAGCAUGACAUUUCCUGCAGAGCUAUGGGCUAACCAAAUCGAGAGCAUUGAGGAUGGCAUUCAAAACAGGCUGUGGUAGAUUCACGAAGCACUUAUUCCGGUGGCUCGUGACGAAAUAACUUGUCGUCUGGUUUCUUAAAUCUUUGCAUGACCAGAAGAAUCAAAUAUUGGUGCGCAUUUCAGUUUUCUUCCAGGUAAAAUAAAAUUUGUCUUAGAUGUUUAAUUUUAACAAACUGCGCUUCCUUCUUCUUCUUUUUUUUUC